AUGGGGUCCAGCUGGAUUCCCGAUCUCUUCUCCUUCCUCAUUUUUGGAAGCUGCUGCCUGUUCUGCCGCACGUCUCCCAAACCCGGCUCCUCCACAGACCAGCCCUCCUCCUCCUCCUCCUCCUCCCCAGAGUUCGCCCACUCCAUUCGAAUAGACGGAGACGUUAUCCUGGGUGGCCUUUUCCCCGUGCAUUCCCGCGGCGAGAGAGGCCUGCCCUGUGGCGAACUGAAAAAGGAAAAGGGCAUACACCGACUGGAGGCCAUGCUGUUCGCCAUCGACUUAAUCAACAAAGAUCCAGAGCUCUUGCCCAACGUGACGCUAGGGGCUAGGAUUCUGGACACCUGUUCCCGGGACACGUACGCCCUGGAGCAGUCUCUCACCUUCGUGCAGGCCCUCAUCGAACGGGACGGGUCUGACGUGCGGUGCGCCAACGGGGAAGCACCGAUCUUCGCCAAACCGGACAAGGUGGUCGGAGUGAUCGGGGCUUCGGCGAGCUCCGUGUCCAUCAUGGUCGCCAACAUCCUCAGACUUUUCAAGAUCCCUCAGGUCAGCUACGCCUCCACGGCCCCUGAGCUCAGCGACAACACGCGCUACGACUUCUUCUCCAGAGUGGUGCCUCCGGAUUCGUACCAGGCUCAGGCCAUGAUGGACAUCGUCACGGCUCUGGGCUGGAACUUUGUGUCCACGCUGGCCUCUGAGGGCAACUACGGGGAGAGCGGCGUGGAGGCCUUCGUGCAGACCUCCAGAGAAACAGGUAAGGGGAAAAUGUCCUGA